AUGAACACACCCAAAACAGCAGCAUGGGUGGUCAGGAAAAUCAUAGAGGCUAGGGAAGAUGUGAAGCAGAUGAGGCCAGUUCAUAACAGUCUUAUAUCUAUACUGGAGAGCUUAGUGAAGCAAGGCAAGUUCCAAAUACAAAAAGCUUAUGUUCAGAUGGAGCCUCAAUUUCCAAAAGUUGUUUGGAAAAGCAUUCAUUUACACACACAUAUUCAUCCUAGAUUCAAAUUUCAUCUAUGGUUGGCUAUUCAUCAAAGGAUAGCAACUGUGGAUACACUCAUUAAGUUUGGAAUUCAAGUUCCAUUAGAAUGUGUGUUCUGUGCAAACAAUAUGGAAACUUUUGAUCAUCUAUACUUUGGCUAUCCAAAAACUAACAAGCUAUGGGACAGAGUAUUAAAAUGGCAGGGCAUUGCAAGGGAGAUAGGAAGCUGGCAGAAUGAGCUGAGCUGGAUGAGCAGUUUGGCAAAAAGGAAAAAUUGCAAAGCAGUGAUGACUACAGCGGUUUUCGCGAUGGUUGUCUACUGUAUUUGGCGCGAAAGGAACUCGAUUAGAUUCAACAAAGGCGGAUAUAACAUGGAUGAUCUAUGCAAGGAAAUUGCUAUACAUAUGCACAUACAAGGGAGGAAAAAGACCAAAUGGCAAAAAGAAUUGGAGAGUUUAAACAAUUUUCCUUAG